AUGGACCGUUCAUACUGCGUAAUUGUAUUAUUUCUGGUAUUACCCUCAACAUGUCAAGAAAAAAGCACAACGUGGUUGACAGAGGUGGUUGACAUAAGAGACAAAAAUCAUAAGAUUACAAAAUAUAUAGCAGUUCUAUUUUUUACUGCUUUAUUGCUUUGCGGUAUUAUUAGUAAUACAUUGAUGGCAGUCGUAGUAUUUAGUAAACAACAAAAUCAUUAUGGUCGUGAAUUUACUCUCAUCAUAUUACAAGUGAUUAUUUCUAAUUUCACAGCUUUUCUUCCACAAAUAUUUGUUGUAUUACCUGAAAUAUUAAAAACAAAAAACAGUUCAUAUUCAAAUGAAACAACGUGGAUUAACCGCGCAUUCUCAACUUCCAAUACUUUUUCACUCUUUUCCAUACUUCAUUUUUCACUUUUGUUGACGCUGAAUCGUUUUGUGGCACUAAUUUUACCAAAAUACUACGCUUUUUUCGAAUCAGCAAAGUUGUAUUUUCUAAUUGCUUUUGUGUGGUUAUCAGUUUUAGUGAUUACAUCUGCCGAUUUUUAUUACUGCACCAGAAGAUUCCUUGUGUGGAAUCUCAGUUGGGAAGCAAAUUGUGCAAAGUCAAGCGGAAUAAGCCAGACUUGGUGGAGAUUAUCUUACCGUUGGGCAUUACUUAUACCUAAUAUAAUGUUCGUUAUGUACAUUGUGAUAUUCUAUAGUAUACGUCGUAGACGUCAUUUUGCAACGAAUAACAAUCAAAAUCAAAAUAUGAUGAACAUGAAUGCAAGACAUGGAAGUAAUACCAUGAAAAUUUCAUAUUAUGAAUGGUCGAUGUUAAUUCAAGCUGCAUGCAAUUGUGGUGUAUGGGUAAUUGGUGUUAUUGUUUUUAAUUUUCUGUCACCAAUGUUAACUAAAAUUUUUGGCAAAGAAGCUGACCUUCCAUCCAGAAUUUUCAUAAAUUGUUACAUCAUUUUCAUUUGCUCCGUAUUGCCUACUGUUCAUUUUAUUUACAGUAAGCAAUCGUGUGCUAUCGUAAAAUAUCAUUUAUAUGGUUGCUUGCAACUGAGAGUGGGACAGUUAAAAGUAAGACCGUUGACCACCAAGGUAUGCUGGGACACAAAACACAAUGUGAAUGCAGUAGUAGUGAGUUGA